GAGAAUAAAAGAGGUGUACCCUUUCACACAUACCCUACUCUUCACCAGCGGGCUAGUCUCGUUUGACGCACAUCACCUCGGUCUGGUCAGCCCACACGGUUUCAUCAAGGAUUUUCAUCAAAAUGUCGAAUGACGUGCCUCGUGAGCCGGAGCAGCUCCGUAAGCUGUUCAUUGGGGGUUUGAGCUUCGAGACCACAGACGAAAGCCUGAGGGCUCACUUUGAGCAAUGGGGGAGCCUUACAGAUUGUGUGGUCAUGAGGGACCCCACCAGCAAACGAUCCAGGGGCUUUGGCUUUGUUACCUAUUCAUCAGUGAAUGAGGUUGAUGCUGCCAUGUCUGCCCGUCCCCAUAAGGUUGAUGGCAGGGUGGUGGAGCCCAAACGUGCAGUUUCCAGAGAGGACUCCAACAAACCAGGUGCCCACAUAACAGUGAAAAAGAUCUUUGUUGGCGGUAUUAAAGAAGAUACAGAGGAGUCUCAUCUGAGGGAUUACUUCCAGCAAUUCGGAAAAAUUGAGGUCAUUGACAUCAUGACCGACCGUAGCACUGGAAAGAAGAGGGGCUUUGCAUUUGUGACCUUUGAUGACCACGAUUCAGUCGACAGGAUUGUCAUCCAGAAAUACCACACCAUCAACUGUCACAAUUGUGAAGUUAGGAAGGCCCUUACAAAACAGGAAAUGCAGACCGCAGGCAUGGGAAUGAGAGGAGGUCAUGACACUGGUCAUGUUUCAGGUCGCAACACCAGUGGAAGACCUUACGACUACGACAGAGGCUUCAACCAGGGUGGCAGGGGACGAUAUGGUGAUGGGCCAUACAACUGCAAUGGAGGAGAUGGUGGCUAUGGAGGUGGUCCUGGGGGUCCUGGAGGAUAUAAUAAUGGUGGUGGCAACCGGGGUUACAACCAGGGAUACAAUCAGGGAGGUGGUGGAGGUGGCUAUGGAGGAAAUGGUUAUGACAGCAAUGGCUAUGGCAACUGUGGAGGAGGCGGAGGUGGCAACAGCUACAACCAAAUGGGCCACUAUGACCCCCAGGCCUCCAACUUUGGCCCAAUGAAAAACAACUUUGGUGGUGGCGGCGGUGGCAGCAGGAACUUCGGUGGAUAUGGUGGUGGCUCCAACGGUGGUGGCUAUGGUGGACGUCAAGGACGAUUUUGAAAUGUGAAGCGGACUGAGUACUUAGGAGAGGAGAGCAAGGAGAGGAGAGCAAGCGAAGUGACAGGGCAGCUGCAGGUUUACCUCCUAAAUCUGCUCAGCCAAACAGUUGUGGCAGGUUACAGCUGCUGCAAGAAGAGAUGUACAGUAGAUAAAUCAUGGAGGGUCUUCAUUUAAACGUCUUUUGUGUUAUUUCAUCAAGCUGUUUUUGGAAAUUAAGCAUUCCAAUAAGGAUUUGUGUAGAUUUUUUUCUUAAAGUCUGGUUUUAUUUGUAACUGCACCUAAUCAAGCUGAAAUAAACCAUCUUUCAGUUUUU